AUGAAAACAUUUAUAAUUUUGGCAUUCUUUGCUUACGUGCUUGUGAACGUCAUCGCUGUUUCGGCGGUGUCACCAAUUGAUGAUGACCUAGAUGAUGAUUAUGCACUUGAAAAACGAAGCACAUGUGUAUUUAAGAGAGAUGGAGUGACCAAAAGAACGACGGUUAAAAGGUGUCCUUCCACUCUCGCCAAUGCGAUUUUCGAUCCAGAAUGGUCUAAAACAGAAAAAGUUUCCGACGGUCCAAUUAAAGGUCUUGUGGUCUUUGCUCAAGAUGAAUGUGGGAGAACUACCGUGACAGGCUAUUUCAGUAAAGGUUUCAAUUCGACCAAGAAAUACAAAUACCUAAUCAUUGACAAUUGCGAAGAAGUCGUCUGGGACAUGACAAAAGGAUUGAACAUAAGGAUAACUGAUGAAGGUAGUACCAGAGCCUUCAGUCAUACAUAUGAUAAAGUGAACCUUGAUUGUGAUAUGAAUGGUAUUCUUAUGAAGGAGGCUGAAAGAUCUGAACCCUUAUUCAAGCGUACCUGCAAGAAUCUAUCUAAACGAGCGGCUUCCGAUAAAUAUUUCCGGAUUACUGAAAAUGGUAAUAAAAAAAGUGAUGCGAAGCUUCUCAAGCAAAAGAAAUAA